GAGGCGGGGAGCGGGGCGGAAGUGUCGCAGGGGCGCGCGCUGGAAGUAUGGCGGUUGCCCGCUGCUUGCGGCUGUGUGGGCGUUGGCGGCUGGCGCUGCUGGGGCUCGGCUGUCGCCGCCUCUUGGCCGCAGCGAGCCCCGGCGGCCUGGCGGGGGGCGACGCGCUGGAGGACGGCAGCGGCGCGGGGCGGCAGCGGCAGCGGCGGGGCGGACGCCGGCGGGGCCGUGCCGGGCCGGUCAUGAAGGCGCUGACGCCGCUGCUCGUCCCGGAGCAUUUCCCCAACGUCCCUCUCAUCGCCGGGACGCGCAACCCCGUCUUCCCGCGCUUCAUCAAAAUCAUCGAGGUAAAAAAUAAGAAGGUGGUUGAGCUGCUGAGGAGGAAAGUUCGUUUUGCCCAGCCUUAUGCUGGUGUUUUCCUUAAAAAGGAUGAUAACAAUAAAUCUGAUGUGGUGGAGGAUCUGAAUGAAAUCUACCAGAUGGGAACUUUUGUACAGAUUCAUGAAAUGCAGGACCUUGGAGACAAGUUGCAUAUGAUAGUCAUGGGACACCGGAGAAUUCAUAUAAACAAGCAACUAGAGGUUGAACCUGAGGAGCCUGAGAACAAACAGAAAGUUAGAAGGAAACAGAAGCGCUCUAAGAAAGAGGCUGAAGAGGAGCCUGGAGCAAAGGACCAAGCUGUGGAAGUGGUACUAGAUCCUGUAGCUGCUUCCUCGCAGGAAGUUCUCAUGGUAGAAGUAGAGAACGUGGUUCAUGAAGAUUUUCAGAUCACAGAAGAGGUUAAAGCACUUACUGCAGAAAUUGUCAAAACAAUCCGGGACAUCGUUGCCUUGAACCCCUUGUACAGGGAGUCUGUACUUCAGAUGAUGCAGGCUGGACAACAUGUGGUAGAUAACCCUAUCUAUCUGAGUGACAUGGGUACAGCACUAACAGGGGCAGAGUCACAAGAACUUCAAGACAUCUUGGAAGAAACCAGUAUUCCCAAACGGCUUUACAAAGCCUUUUCCCUUCUAAAGAAGGAAUAUGAGCUGAGCAAACUUCAGCAGCAUCUUGGAAGGGAGGUUGAGGAGAAGAUUAAGCAAACACACCGCAAAUACCUUCUCCAAGAGCAAUUGAAGAUCAUUAAGAAAGAGCUAGGUCUGGAAAAAGAGGACAAGGAUGCUAUGAAAUUUCGUGAGCGACUGAAGGAGCUGGUAGUGCCAAAACACAUCAUGGAUGUGAUUGACGAAGAGUUGAACAAGCUGGGCUUGCUGGAUAAUCACUCCUCAGAAUUCAAUGUUACAUGGAACUACUUGGACUGGCUGACAUCUACCCUGUGGGGUAAGUGUAGCAAGGAAAACCUGGAGCUGACCAGAGCCCGAGCAGUUCUGGAGGAGGAUCAUUAUGGAAUGGAUGACGUCAAGAAGCGAAUUCUGGAAUUUAUAGCAGCCAGCCAGCUGUGAGGAUCCACCCAGGGGAAGAUCCUGUGUUUUUAUGGUCCCCCUGGGGUUGGCAAAACCAGCAUUGCCCGCUCCAUUGCCAGAACCCUAAACAGAGAGUACUUCCGCUUCAGUGUUGGAGGGAUGACUGGUGUAGCAGAAAUAAAAGGACACAGGAGGAUGUAUGUUGGAGCAAUGCCAGGAAAAAUCAUCCAGUGUCUGAAGAUGUCCAAGACAGAGAAUCCACUUAUACUGAUCGAUGAGGCACGAGAGCCUUCCCGAUGCACUCAGCCUGGCUCCAGCCACCGGGAAGCACAGGGCAUUGGGCUGACCCAAGGAGAGCAAGAGCUGCAGGGGCGACAGAGAUGGCGGACAGGAGGGGAACCGACCCAAGCAGUGUUGUGGGUCACCAGGACACUUUCCUACACAGCAGCAGGUGCUUCUGUGGUUGGCGUCACCACAGGAAAUGCCGUGCCAUGACAUGCACAAAUACAAGGUCAUGGCACCACCAGCAGCUGCACCCCAGAGAAACCCCACUGGUAGCAGGUCCUCUGGAUCAUCAGGGCACAGACAGGGCUGGACAAAACGGUGAAGAUGGACAUGUAAGGAAGAGACUAGCGCUGGUAAGUGCCAAGAGUGCAGGGAUGAAGUAUUUCCAGUUUUGGCCCCAAAGAGGCCAGGUUUGCAGAGCAGUGCCAGGGACUGCACAGAGCAAUACCAAGACGAUCUAGGGUGGGAUCUGAGAAGAGCAUCUCCAGACAGCAAAUGCAAGCAAAGAGAGAAAGGAAGAGAUGAGAGAGGAACGGGACUCAGCUGGAGCCAAGAGUGAUUUAUUUUUCACUAGAUACGGGAGUCUAACAUGGGCUUGCACUGAGAAAGGAAAGAGACAGGGAAGGGGGAGAGGAGCACAGACAAGAAAGAGAAUGGUGCAGUGAGUUCAGCAGAAGAGUUCAAGGAAAGCAAAGAAAAAAAGUCUCUGCGAGGAAGAUAAGGCUGGAGGAAGGGUGGGGGAGAGUUUUCGUCACAUCAGUUCUCUGAACUGAAGGGGGGGGCAGCAAUUGCUGCACCGGGCACUGCACCCAGAGGCAAAAUUUCUUUUCCUAACAACAUAAGCAGGAAUAACAACAACAUCACUAUUGCUCCCUGCAAACCUCACUUUGCUUGUACCGAAAACAUCCCAGCAGCAUCUCCCACAGCAACUGAGGUACAGGAGACUACUGAGGUGUAGCAGAACGACUGCGUGAGGCAGACCCACAGGAGGUGGCUCAUACUCCAGCGUGACCCAAACAGCCAAGCAAACAUCUCCUGAGAAUUUCAAACAUGCUUUCUUGCAGGCGACAGGUGUGCUUGGAAGUCGUACUUUCUUAUGAGACAAAAAAGAAAAAAUUCCACUGACCUAUAUAAAAUAUCCAGCUUAAGUGAGCCAAAAGUAUUAGCAGUCAGUGGAAAAUAAGCAUCUUUUAAUCUAAAUUGCAUAAUAAAACACAAAGAAAAACAGUAGGAGCAAAAAAAGGUCAGUCUCCUAUACUGCAUGCUACCCUUAGAAGGACAGGGACACACGGAUAGUACUAAAUCUGCCAUUUUUAAAUAAAGCAUGUUAACACACCUAUUGCAGGAAAGCACCAGCACUGAAUACAUGGAAGCAGAAUUUUCUUGGGGCUCCAUCAUGAAAUUGGCUUGCAAGGACAGAAAUAUGGGAACAAAGGGUGUGGCUAAACUGCUCCAGCGGUGACUGAUUCACCAGAGAAAUCUUUUUUGGGAUUAGUGAGCUGUCUCAAAUGAGUUUUGCUUUAGCACAGGUAUUAAACACUUAGAGAAGCAUUAUGAACAAGUCAUGCAUAACACUCAUUAGCUUUUACCUCCAGGAUACAUUGGCUUUCAGCAUCCUGGUAAUUUUAGCAAAGCCAGAGCCUUGGCCUCAGCACCAAAGAUUCAUGCCCACUCUCAGAGCUGUCCUGUAACCCCCAGGUUCCUCUCCCUAGGAUUUACACGAUGUGUGGAAAAAAUUUACAUCCUUCCUCUUUAACACAGACUGACAUUUUGCUGGAAUCAAACAGCCGCUGCUUUGACGCCUGCCCGAGCUGCCAGCCCGGGACAUUUCCGCACAGAGACCUUGGCGACAACUGCCCAACGGCAGGAUUGCGCCAGGCCAAGCAGACAGCGCCUGCCCAAUGGACAAUGCAGGCCAAAGGAGAUGGGAAACCAAAGCUGAGUCGCAGAUGGCCUGAAAUGGGAGUCUCGGAGGAGCAGAGGCAGUGUUUCCCAUUUAGAAACACUCAGGGGGAGAAAAUCAACCAUAGCUUAAAGUUAAAAUGCUUUACAAGCGGUUAAUGAAUUUAAAAGAGAAAUGAGAGGGUCAGUGCCACAGCAAAAUACACAAAACAGGGUGGCCAUGGAAAGGAAAUAUUUUUGCCGGUAACCUGGGAAAGCAGAGGGCAAACGGGCAGGAGUGGGCUCACGUACGCAAAACACGGACCAACCCAUGCUCCCACCUCACUUUGGGCAGCGGGCUGCAGCCAGGGAGAAGACCAGGAGCUGUACAGAAGGGCCACGCUUGCUUGUGGCUGUAGAACCUAAGCCACAGCAUCACCCUUGAUAAUGCUUCCUAGAAAUACACAAUGCAUCCAAUACAGUACCAAAUGGCUCUGCCUGAAAAUCCUAGAGGACAAAGCAUCUUCAGCAGGGAGAGCACUUUGUAAGAGAAAAUACAUUUGUGAUGGACUUAGCCACAGACAAAAGAAAGGAGUUUACAAGGAAGGGAGAACACUAAGAGGGGGGAUAUUGAGACUUGUACAACAAGCUGCCCGUAGCAGCACUUACCUUGGUUCUCCUGGAGCCAGAAAAAGGCAGGCACCUCCAGACAAGGUGACCCAUCCUAACUUAGGUUUCUAAGGAGGCAGGAAUUGAUCAUUAGAGGCAUUUAUUUCUCUCCAUAGACUACAGGACUCUAAAGAACAAGGUUUGGCUGAGGUAAAUUUAAGAUGUAAAAAGUCAGGGCAAAUAAACCCAACCCUGCCUAGAGAACUGGGUGACCAUCCAUGUCCUGGGAGAAAGAGCUGCCUAGACUGAAGCAAUGCUUCAUUUUCAAAGGCCUGCGCUCCUUCUUUUACAAUGCCCUGGACAGCAAAGAUACAGAUAUUUCCUGAAGAUGAAUCCUAGGCGCUAACUGAGCACUUUCUGUGCUUAAUGUUAUUGGAACAGGUAGUUUCUUCUUUGUUCCAGGAAAGCUGUAUGCACUACAACUUAUGGUUUGAACAUUUCAUCUAAAUACCUGUUGCUGAAGCCUUCCAGGUGACACAGAAAUGUAUUUUGCACUUUUUGACUGUGCCAGCAAUGCUGGCUAGAGUCUCAUGGAUUCAGACCGCUUCCCUGGAAACAUAUGGAUGUGCAUUAAACUAACAUUGAUUUAGGCAAGUCAAGUACUGAAAAACCAUCCCCCUCCAAGGCUCGGCCAUCUCAUUCUCUGCUGGGGACAUGCUCCUCACGCGAGAGCCCCAGACCAUGACCCUCUUGUGCUGGAGGCUAUUUCAGGGUCAAGCAGAAGGCACUCUGUCCUUCCACAGCACAGGCACCUCUGGCUACAGACCCUCCCCGGGCACCUGGAACUGCAGUUCAACUCUCUAUCUUCACCUGCAGUGGUUCAAAACAUGCCCUCAAAAAAGCACUCAGCCCAUCAAUCUCACAGCCUAACAGUUAACAAAAGUCUUUUUUUUUCAGCUUUCAACUAGCUUCUUAGUUAAAAAAUAACUGAACUAGGCUGAACUGCAGGAGAUAUCCUCCCCACAGCCAUGAGUCAGCCCACAGCUGUCAGAGCUGGCUCUGGGCUCAGACAAGUGCCCCACUCCCAGUUCAGGGAUCAGGCACACUGGCAGAAAACACUGUUUUUAUGUUGAACAGUCCACAACAUAAAUAAAUGGCUGUUUAAAGAAAAUAAAAAUCCCUAAAGGAGACUGCAAAAUUAAAUUACUGUUUGGGAAGUGCUCAGAUAUUACAGCUAUAAGUACCCCAGAGAAGCCCACGGGGAAAUGAAUAAUUUUGUCUUGUGAGCAGGGAUGCAAGAGCACACAGCCACACAACGCAGUGGCAUAAACAAAGUUAGCUAGCGGGCAUCUUUCACCCAUACUUUCAAUCCUGGAAAACGAGUCUGUGACCAUGUAGAGCAGAUACCACACUGUAAUGCAGAUAUACAAGAAGAUCAAAGUAAAAACUAAGGCAGCUAAGGUUGUGGCAUUUCCUGACUUUCAAGAACUUUCUGCAGCUUCUGCAGAAGCAUUUAGACUCGACCAUGUAGCUUCCUCACAGGGCUCGCCAACACGCCUCCACAGUCAGCUCUCAGCCUCUCUCCUUCUGAAAGCUCUUCAAACACACAUAGACAGAGCUAGUUUUUCACAGGGCUGAUGGCCCAUUCACACGGAGAUCAGCUGUGCCAUCCGGUGACCACCGCAGCCACUACAAGCAGGUCUAAGUGUCCCCAGGCUGGCAAGGCAGGACACAGCAGAGCAAACAGCAAGAGCUAGCUGCUUUCUCCUGUGAGGACCGACAUCAGCAGGUAGCAUGUCACCUAAUUCUCUUGUGGGUUUCACGGUGGCCAUGUGAAAGCAGAAAAGGACCAGGAUGCCUGGAUAGCCUUUCACACCUGGGACAGACCCUUUUAUCAACACCACUGCGAUAAAGCAUGCUCCCACAUUGUUCCCACUCCUAGUCUCUAUCCCAUUUAUGCUCCAGUGCUCACUGAUUUCUAUUUUGACUUCACAGUUUUACUUGGUGAACAGAUUUUUAUCAGCGCUACUAAACAGCACACACACGAGCAUCAUUUCCCUGUAAGUUUCAAAAUACUUCCCUCCCUGCAACAAAGGAGCAGAGGAUUUCUCAGAUAAGGUGGCUGAGGGAACUGUGUCAUUUUUAAAUGACUAAGCAGCCUCUUUCCUCAGCCCUCUUCUCAGAAACAGAUUAAUAACUUGGGGAUGACACUUCCCAAAAGUAUUUGGUGAAGAGUUUUGGCCCAAUCUGGUGUGGGGAUGAGAUUAACACCAGUGUCGUGGUUUAGCGGCAGCUCAGCCCCACACAGUCGCUCGCUCACUCCCCCACCGGUAGAUGGGGGAGAGAAUCAGAAGGGCAACGCUCGUGGGUUGGGAUAAGAACAGUUUAAUAAUUAAAAUUAAAAGAAACAACAACAGAAAUGCAAUGUAAAGGAGAACAACGGGAGGGGGGAAGGGGGAACGAACCGCCCACCACCCGACGCCGCGCCG